GAUUUGCAACAUCUCCAAUAAACAUUCUACAACCGCUCGCCCAAAAUGGUUGCUGUGGUUGUGCGGCUUCAAGAGCAGGAUGUUGGGCGGACACAGGCGCGGGAGCUGUGCGCGGCGUUGUUGAACAGCAUCGCUGCAGCCGCACCCCUUGUCCCCGUCCAUUUCUCCUGCAAGGAUCGCGUGGUGCUGAAACGUACACAAGCUCCAGAGACAUCAACUAGCGAUCUUGUCAAGCACGUCAUCGACCGAUCGGAAGGCGCAUCCACUGAGAAAGCCAAGCUAGGGUCAUUCCAGGCCCUCUCCGAAUACGUUGGUCACAGUGGCGACGUCGUCUUGCUGGCCAGCACCGUGCCGUCGACCUGGUUUGCUGAUGGCCCCAGCGAGGCUGUCACAGAUACAACCGCACCAUCGCGGAGUUCGUGUCAGAGCACCAGCCGCGGCCUCGGUGCCAGCACAGCACGGCCACAUGUGGUGCUGCUGUCAUUUGGCCACCGCACAAACUCGGCUUCCCCACACGCGCUCAGCGACGAAGCCAUUGCCAGAGAAUGCAACGUCUUUGGCGGUACCAUGACACGCCUUGACCUGGCAAGCACGUACACCCAGCUCAAGCGCGCCCCAAGUAUCUGGCAGCAAGACACGUUGCUUCGGCAACUGCUGCCCAACCUGUUUUUGCACGUCGAAAACGUCAGGUGGCAACUCAUGCUUGGCAGCCUCAUGUGCAGCGUUGCGCCAUAUCCGCCGCCAACCACAGCACCACCAACACUCGCGCUGCAGCUGCGCCAGCUCUCGCUCCUCCAGAUCCUCGGAUUCACCGCACAACGCGCCUUCAUGAUGCCCCAGGUUGAGUGGUCCACAGGCAUCUACCUUCUUCCGUCCGCCAACGCCCAAGACAGCGAACACUCUCGCCACACCUUCCACCUCCUUGCAGAGGCCUGCCACCAGCGCGAUGUUGUUGCGAUUGUUGCCCUCGGUCCCUCGGUCGGCAUCCUCUCCCUUCCAGCGGACUACAUUCCACAAACACAGGCGGAGCCCAGCUUCGUCAUGUCUGUCCUUGCUGACGAACAACACACGCCCGCAGCCCAACAGCUGCUCUCUAUGUACUCUGGCGCCACGGGAACUGGCGCAACGUCAACCAACGGACAGCAGCAGCAGCAGCAGCAGCAGGCGAAGGUUGAAGGCGCAGAGCGCGAGGGCCGGUCGCCACCGCCAAGUUUCCUCGCCGCCACCGCAUCAGGGAUGCAACCACUGCACCCAACAUCUCCCACGGCGCUGUCAUCGGCGCUGCGGGGAUUGCGAGAAGCGUGCGCCGGUCUUCCGCAGCAAGCAGACCGCGUGGCAGCAAUGGUGGAUGAGUUGGUGGAUGUUGGGCGGGUGCAUGCAAUGCCAUCCCUGCACGCAGCCGUGACAGCCAUCCUGACAGCAGCAGCGGAGCAGCACGCCCAGCAACGCAGCCGCACGCGCAACGCAUCCAAGGUGAAGGACGUGCUGGAGGAGCUGCUUGCGCGCGUGCCCCCGCCGCCCACAUCGUCGCCCGCAGCCACACACCCGCAGCCAGCACCGCAAUAGCACUACAAGUUGCCAGAAACCCAUCCAUCGGGGUUGCGCCUGGGCUGUUGCAUGCAGGCACUUGCCUGACCACUCCCAGUGCUGUGCCGAAGUAAACGACUCUCAAUCCGUGA